AUGCUGUUGAACGUGUUGCAUUUGGUAGUGGCUGCGUUAGGAAAUCACGUCGGUCCUUUGGCCACUGCCGCCCCGCUUAGUCAAUCAGUCGACUUUCGUGCUCGGUAUGCGACAAUUUCCAAUUUCUGCAGAGCUAACAAUGCGACUGGACUCAGUGCGGUGCAGUACGGCGUUCUGCGGCUCGUAACCCUGGUUUUAGCGGAACUGGUAUUUGACGAUGAAGCGGGACUAUUCAAAGGAAACCGUCAUGCUGCGUGGAGGUGCAAUUUUUUCAGGGAUAAUCAAUCGUGGCUAGCCAUAGCGGAAGAGAACUCCACCGUGACCUAUACUCAUUUUUGCCGGCGAUGGCUUCAGCGAUGCCCCGAAGUCGUACACCGGCUGAUCACUCAGUCCGCUCGAAGUCGUCCUGAUGCGCUAGGACAAAAUUCAUCGCUUAGCUCGACUGAAACGGCCGUGACUAUUUUCCCCAAGGCUGCCACCUUGAAAAUACCCGAAGCACACGUGGUCUUGACGAAGCCGUUGGUGGUCGAAAUUCGCCUGUACUCUGAAUCGUGCAUCGAAAGAACGUUAUUGAAAACUUUCAGCGAUAUUUCACUGCAACUGCUAAGACUGACAAAGGACCAUAUGCAUUUUACACACUCACAGGAGUUCGUGACCGUUCAUUCGGUUAGAAUGACGCUGGUCGAAAAUGCGUCACAGCUGGCCACUCUCGACUGCCAUCUUUUCGAUCGAGAAGCUCUCUAUAAGGUUCAAUUAUCAGGUAUUACUACGACGGUGGCCAACGCAUCGUCUUUCGCCAUUGCCGCCAGCAACGUCAUGAAUACUACGUGGUCACCGGUGUAUGAAGUAAAAAUGCCCAACGACCGAAUUUUCCCUUGCCCCGUAUCCGGCAUUGCGGUCAGCUUCACGAAGCCAUCUUGUGUCACCGACCGCCAUCGCAUAAGGCUCUAUGCUGUCGUACCGAAAAAGUACUAUACGGUGCAUAUCGUACCGGAAACGGUGUACGUCGCUGAGCGAAAGAUUCGCCACAAUCAGGCGGUUGUGCACUUUGACUGUGACGACUUUGACCUAAUCUACCCUGAGUACUGCUUCACGUACGUAACGGUGCUCGAUGAUGGCGCCGUCGACGAGCAUUCCACCCAGUGUGUCCCCACCGAACGCAAAAAGUGUAAGUAUGUUCGUCGAAUUUCUUGA